AUGCUGUCUCGCACCGCAGCACGCCCGCUGCGGCAGGCAUGCCUUUGCAGAGCGUUCUCGACAUCCAGUCCGCGGCACGGCGGGUACGAGAGCACGAUAGACAACUUGCGCAUUGACGGCAAUUCGCGCGUCAUCUAUCAAGGCUUCACCGGCCAAGCUGCCACGUCAAAUGCCAAGGACACAAUCGGAUACGGCACCAAGGUCGUGGGCGGCGUCUCCCCCGGCAAAGGCGGCCAGACGCACCUCGACCUCCCCGUCUUUGGCACCGUCCGCGAGGCCAUGGAAACGGUCAAGCCGCACGUCAGCGCCGUCUUCGUGCCGGCGCAGUUCGCGGCCAAGGCCAUCGUCGAGGCCAUCGAGGCCGAGGUACCGCUCGUCGUGUCCGUGGCCGAGCACAUCCCCGUGCACGACCUGCUGCGCGUGCAGGAGGUGCUGCGGACGCAGAGCCGCAGCCGCCUCGUCGGGCCCAACUGCCCGGGCGUCAUCUCGCCGGACCGCUGCCGCGUCGGCAUCAUGCCCUACCGCCAGUACCGCCGCGGGCGCGUCGGCAUCGUCAGCAAGUCGGGCACCCUGAGCUACGAGUCGGUGGGCGCGACGAGCGCGGCGGGGCUGGGGCAGAGCCUGGUGAUAGCCGUGGGCGGCGACUCGAUGCCGGGCACGACCAUUGCAGACUCGCUCGAGGUGCUCCUCACCGACCCCGAGACCGACGGCAUCAUCAUCAUCGGCGAGAUUGGCGGCGAGCAGGAGCUGCACGCUGCCGAGAUGCUCGCGCGGCACCGCCGGUCGACGCCGAACCCCAAGCCCGUCAUCGCCAUGGUGGCGGGCCAAACGGCGCCGAUGGGCAAGAUCAUGGGCCACGCGGGGGCGGUGCUGUCGCCGAGGGACGCGACGGCGGCGGAGAAGGCGGCCGCGCUGGAGAGGGCGGGCGCCGUGAUUGUGCCGCACCCGGGCGUCAUGGGUGUGACGAUGAAGGAGCUGCUGGGCGUCAAGGAGUGA